AUCCUAACCGAGCGAGCCUGCGUUGCUUUGAGUCGGUUCUCUCUCCUGCUCUCCUUCCCAGUUCGACCGUUCUGAGUUGAGAAAGCUUUGAUUAGCGUUGAUCACAGUUUCUCUCUCAUAGGUUUAUACCUAUAUCAACUACAGAGGAAGGUUGUAUUCGGAAGAUUUUGUUUUGUUUCAGAAUAGCCUUUUGGAAGCUCGAUUCUCAUAUCAGAGCACCAUUCCUAGAAGUUUUAAAAAUGGCAACUCUUGCUGAUUCUUUCCUGGCUGACCUUGAUGAAUUGUCUGACAAUGAAGCUGAGCUUCUUGAUGAUAACGUUGAUGCGGAAAAUAUGGAAGAAGAUGUUGAUGGGGACAUGGCAGACAUAGAAACUCUUAAUUAUGAUGAUUUGGAUAGUGUCUCUAAAUUGCAGACAACACAGCGUUACAUUGAUAUCAUUCAGAAAGUUGAAGAUGCUCUCGAGAAGGGGUCUGAUAUGUCAAAUCAUGGCAUAGUUCUGGAAGACGAUCCUGAAUAUCAACUUAUAGUAGAUUGUAAUGCAUUGUCAGUUGACAUUGAGAAUGAAAUUGUUAUUAUCCACAAUUUUAUCCGAGACAAGUAUCGCUUGAAAUUUCCUGAGCUGGAAUCACUUGUUCAUCAUCCAAUUGAUUAUGCUCGCGUGGUUAAAAAGAUUGGGAAUGAAACAGACUUAACCCUUGUUGAUUUAGAAGGGCUUCUACCUUCAGCUAUUAUUAUGGUUGUCUCUGUUACAGCAUCAACCACUAGUGGUAAACCACUUCCAGAGGAAGUCCUCCAAAAGACAAUUGAUGCGUGCGAUCGUGCUCUUGCUCUUGAUUCAGCAAAAAAGAAGGUCCUUGAUUUUGUGGAGAGUAGAAUGGGAUAUAUUGCGCCAAAUCUUUCUGCAAUUGUUGGUAGUGCAGUUGCAGCAAAACUUAUGGGGACUGCUGGUGGCCUUUCAGCUUUAGCUAAAAUGCCUGCUUGUAAUGUUCAGCUUCUUGGUGCUAAGAAAAAGAACUUGGCAGGGUUUUCUACUGCAACAUCCCAGUUUCGUGUAGGUUAUCUUGAGCAAACAGAAGUUUUUCAGAGUACACCCCCUUCUCUAAGGAUGCGUGCCUGCCGGCUACUGGCUGCAAAAUCAACACUUGUAGCACGUGUAGAUUCUAUUAGAGGAGAUCCAACUGGGAAGACAGGCAGAACCUUUCGGGAAGAGGUUCGUAAGAAAAUUGAGAAGUGGCAAGAGCCACCCCCUGCAAAGCAACCUAAACCUCUUCCAGUUCCUGAUUCUGAGCCCAAAAAGAAGAGAGGUGGUCGUCGGCUGAGGAAGAUGAAGGAAAGAUAUGCUAUAACAGACAUGAGGAAACUAGCGAAUAGGAUGCAGUUUGGAGUUCCUGAAGAGAGUUCUUUGGGUGAUGGACUUGGAGAAGGAUAUGGAAUGCUUGGUCAGGCUGGUAGUGGCAAGUUGCGCGUAUCAGUUGCUCAGAGCAAACUUGCUGCAAAAGUAGCUAAGAAGUUCAAGGAGAAGUAUUCUGGAAGCAGUGGUGUUACCUCAGGACUUACUUCAAGUUUGGCCUUUACACCUGUGCAGGGGAUUGAGCUGUCAAAUCCACAGGCACAUGCUAAUCAGCUUGGCAGUGGAACUCAAAGCACCUACUUUUCAGAAAUAGGGACAUUUUCAAAGAUCAAGCGGACCUGAGUCACUCCAUCAUAUAUUCUAUAUGUUGCCCACUCCUAGCUGGUCUAAAUACAUUGGAAGUGAGGCUUUUUUAGGAAAAUCUGAAAAGUUUCAAUGAAUAUAAUUAGGGAUAUACUUUGUUAUAAUGAAAUUAAUAAUGCUGUACUAUUUUCUUUUGACUGAUUACUGCCCUUGCUUGACCCUAGUACAUCCUUUGUAUUAUCCUUUCUCUAGCUCUCUCUGAGUUGCUUAAUGAAUACAUAAUCUGUCUUUACAUACAUUUCCAAUAA